AUGAGCGCGGGUCAAUAUAUCGCGACACGAUUCUCAUCACUCAAGCCGCCCAUGGACCGCGUAGAGAACCCCGUCACACUGUUGGCUUCUCUAAACCGGAAACAGUGGCUAUUCUUUUUGAUCGCCUUCCUCGGAUGGACUUGGGAUGCAUUCGACUUUUUCACUGUCUCUUUGACUGUCUCCGAGCUGGCUACAGAUUUCAGCACGCCCGAGAGGACCGUCUCUACCACCGACAUCACCUGGGGUAUCACUCUGGUGCUGAUGUUCCGCUCAGUUGGUGCCAUCAUCUUCGGUAUCGCUGGUGACCGAUAUGGACGAAAAUGGCCAUUCAUCGUAAACAACCUUCUGUUCAUUGUGCUCGAGCUCGGCACCGGCUUUUGCACGACCUACGAACAAUUCCUAGCGGUUCGUGCGCUGUUCGGCGUAGCUAUGGGAGGCCUGUACGGUAACGUGGCGGCCACGGCACUGGAGGAUUGCCCGGAGCGUGCUCGCGGUAUCAUCUCCGGUAUGCUUCAACAAGGUUAUGCCUUCGGCUAUCUGCUAGCAGCGGCCUUCUCGCGUGCGCUCGUCGACACCACUCCCCACGGCUGGCGACCGUUGUUCUGGUUUGGAGGCGCCGUCCCGGUCCUGCUCAUCAUCUUCCGAUUCUUCCUCGGUGAGACUGAUGCCUUCAUCGAGCGUCAGCGUGUGCGCAAGGCCGGCGACAACGUUGGCAAGACUUUCAUCCAAGAGGGCAAGGUAGCUCUCAAGCGCCACUGGCUCAUUCUUAUCUACAUGGUCCUUCUCGCUGCCGGCUUCAAUUUCAUGUCCCAUGGUUCCCAAGAUCUUUACCCGACCCUCCUGAAGAACCAGUACGGAUUCAGCGCCACUCAGGUUACUGUCACUCAGAUUGUUGCCAACUUGGGUGCUAUGACUGGCGGUACAACCAUCGGUUAUCUCUCCCAGAUGUUCGGCAGGCGGUUCAGCAUCAUCGUCAUCUGCAUUAUCGGUGGUGCCCUGCUCUACCCAUACUCCUUCAUCGGCGACAACAGUGUCAUCGCUGCAGCGUUCUUCCAGCAAUUCUGCGUGCAAGGCGCCUGGGGAGUCAUUCCCAUCCACCUUAUGGAGCUCAGCCCGGGCAGUUUCCGCACCUUCGUGGUCGGUACCAGCUAUCAGCUCGGUAACCUGGUUUCAUCUGCGAGCUCCACCAUCGAGUCCACCAUCGGCGAGCGUUUCCCUCUGCCACCUCGCGGCACCACCAAGCGCUAUGACUAUGGAAAAGUGAUCUGCAUCUUCAUGGCCUGCGUCUACGUCUAUGUCAUCAUCCUCACCUUCAUCGGUCCCGAGUACAAGGGUCGCUCAAUGGCCGCGCAUAACGACCGUGACCUCGCUGAGGCGACCAAAGGUGGCACCACCGACGACGUCGAGAAGGUCGCGCAUCACGGUCGAACUGGAUCGAGCGACGACGAGCAGGUCCACAAGGCGUAG